AUGUCGCAAUCACAGACGUCAAUCUCUUUGAAGCGUUCAGCGACCACAGCCACCGGGAAAGAGACAAGACCGAACAAGAGGCCGAGGCCAAUGAUUUCCCCUACUCAAGAGCUGGAUGGAGAAUUAACAAAUGACCCGCUGCUUAACAGUUUAGGUCCUGGCGGGCUGUGCAAGCCAUGUGCGGCUCUUCAGCUCGAUCAAGCUACAAUCGAGGAACGCGGUGGGAAGUACAUGAACUCAAUCCAUCUUUAUACCUUCAAAAAGAUUGAUGAACGGUGUCGCUUCUGUCGCUUAUUGGCCAAGACUCGCUUCUAUUCCAAUUACAAACUGGUUGCGAAACGUGCAGAAGGUGUUCGGGAGUUCUUGUACGAACUCAGUGGCAAUGGAUCUGGGUGGCUUCUGCCAAUGCCUGAGCACUUGCCGGAUAUGCCUCCGGUACAAAGACCGUACCUAGAAAAUGAGCAAACAAGGAAUGUGGACUGGUGGAUAUUAAGGCAGUGGCUGAGUUGCUGCGAGAAGGAGCACACGACUACUUGUGAAUCAGCUCUGUCUGUUUCACUUUCCGGGUUUGCCGUCAUCGACUGUCUAACCAGGAAGGUAGUGACAGCUCCGCCCUAUUGCAGAUUUGCAGCGCUGAGUUAUGUAUGGGGAGCUGAGGCUGUGCCCGAGGUUUUGUCAAACAUACCCACGCCCGCACCACCAUUGAUCGAGGAUGCCAUGACAUGUACCAGAGCGCUUGGUCUACAGUAUCUGUGGAUUGAUCGGUACUGUAUCGAUCAGAAGGCAAAAACUAAGAAGACUUUGAUCCAUAACAUGGAUCGUAUAUAUACAGGAGCAGCUGUCACGAUCAUCAAUGCGGUCGGGGAGGGCUCGAGUUGCGGUCUGCCAGGUGUGUCAUACGUCCCUCGUCACCGCCACCCUUCGGUCAAAGUUGGAAAGCGAAGAGUCGCUAUCCUUCCCAAUACUAUCAUGGAGAUAAAGCAAAGCAAAUGGUCAAGACGAGCUUGGACCUUUCAAGAAGGCCUCCUCUCUCGCCGGCGACUAGUCUUUACAUCGUCCCAGGUCUACUUCCAGUGUCAAGAGACGUACCACUGGGAGAUGAUAGAAACACGUGCUUUCUCUUGUCGUCGAAUCAACCUAUCGCAAUGGGCUUCUGAGGGGUUAGAGGCUACAUUGCAACCGAAGACCUGCCUUUUCCCGAUCAUGAACUUUCGAUCUGACGCCAGUAGACUCAACGCACUGAUAGAAGAGUAUCUACGCAGAGAUAUUUCCUACGACUCAGAUAUUCUCAAUGCAAUACUUGGUAUACUACGCUCGGUCUGCUCUCAUAUCUGGGGCCUUACAUGGUCUGCAGAGACGAAAGACGCACUUUCAGAAAAACAUGACCUCCUCGAGGCUCUACUAUGGCAGCCGCGAUACGACCCCAAUUCAAUCAUCACUAAGAGGAAAGGUUUUCCAUCCUGGAGCUGGGCCGCCUUCAAAGGCAUUACAGGACUGGAUCAAGGGUCUAUCGAUCAAAAAAAUACUCUCCUGCCUCAUGAACCUCCUGUAGAUGUUAGCAUCCAGGAUCUCAACGGUCAUAAAUACAGUGUGUACGAAUACAGGCAAGCAAUGCAAAAGAACUACGACAUCUAUCAAUUCAAACCCUCCCUUUUCCUUACCGGAUGGAUUCUGCCCGUGAAACUUCGUGCCUAUGCAGUUCAAUGGACGCCAAAGUUAUCACCUGGCCAGCCCAUGGACCUUCUCGUUCUCGACUCAUCACUGUCUAGGUUGAUCGGAAUAGCAACCAUCAUGACAGCCGUGCUGGAGCAUACAAUCACAGACCUGAAAACCGUGUUCGAUCAAGAUUGGCUCAUGCUGAGCUUUCAAGAUCAUGAGAAUCGCAGCUUUGCACCUGGCCUACUUCUGAAGCCUAUGAGCCCCACAAGCGGCGAAAGAUUAGGCGUAGUGCGUCCGCCUACAAGGAAGAUGCGGAGAAUUUUUGAGUCAUUGUCCGUAUCUCCCGCACCAUUGUGUUCAAAAGCAUGUACAAUUGAGCUAGUGUAG